CUUUAUAAAUUCUCCAACCUUUUUUGCACUCCAUCUCAUAUAAAAAAUGGCACAAUCCCACACCUUCAAGAUUCUUGAGAAGAGCUACAUUUCUCCCCCAGUUGGCUUUAUUCCCCCAACAACUCUCCCUCUUAUAACAUUCUUUGACAUACCAUGGUUCCAGUCUCCUCCAAUGCACAGCCUUUUCUUCUAUCAUCACCCUUACCCUACCUUACACUUCACAGAAACUACUCUCCCCAUUCUUAAACACUCCCUCUCCCUAACUCUACAAUAUUUCUUCCCUCUUGCUGCUAACAUCUAUUGCCCUCCGGCACCCCUCAAGCCCGAUAUCCGCUAUAUUGAAGGCGACUCUAUCUUUUUUAGUGUUGCAGAAUCCACUGAAGAUUUCAACCAUCUCAAAGCUAAUUACUUGCGAGAUGUCAAACUGUUACACCCGUUUGUCCCACAAUUGCCUGUCGCACGUUUAUUAUCUGAUGGCACCCAUGUAUUCCCUAUCAUGGCCUUACAGGUGACUGUUUUCCCAAACUUUGGAAUUUGUGUUGGGGUAACACAUUGCCACAUGGCAGCCGAUGGGAUUUCCUUGAUGCAUUUCAUGAGAUCAUGGGCGUCCGUUUGUAAGUCAAAAGGAGAACUAGCAUGCCUUGACCCCAAGUCAUUACCUUCUCAUAGUCGAGAGGUGAUUAAAGACCCUUGUGGGUGUGACGCCAUUUUCCUAGAGGAGUAUUGGAAAUGGAUAUCAUCUGGGAGGGUGAACCCAGUCCAAAACCAUGAUGAAAAGCCCAACAUGGUCCGAUCCACAUUCAUAAUGACCCAGGCUCAUAUCAAUAAACUUAAACAAUGGGUCAGAACUCUAUGCAUGAAUAAUACCACCUCUGAACAAAUUCAUGUAUCCACUUUUGUUCUGACCUGCGCCUUCAUGUGGGUUUGCUUGAUCCAAUCUGAGAAGAAUGAAUCCGGUAACGUUGACGACAAUUCCAUGUACUAUUUUAUUUUUGCUGUGGAUUGUCGGGACCGUGUGAACGAGUUUCCGUUGUCAUCAACAUACUUUGGAAACUGUACAGCGCCUGGGAUCGUGAAAGUGAAGAAGAGUGAGCUUAUUGGGAAGAAUGGGAUUCUCAUGGCGGCGAAAGCAAUAGGAAGCAAAGUGAAGGAGAUGGAGGGGGAACUACUAAAGGGAGCUGAUAGGUGGUUGUCGAAGCUGGAGGAAAUGGUCCGAUCAGGGCAUCUCACCGCAGUUUCAGGGUCACCGAAGAUGCGUAUAUAUGAUGUUGAUUUUGGAUGGGGAAAACCUGAAAAGGUUGAUUUUGUUCACAUUGAUUCUGGCGGAACUUUAGGGAUUUCUGAGUGUAGAAAUGAAGAAGGUGGGAUCGAAGUUAUGUUGGCUUUGAGUGUGGUCCAGAUGGAUGCCUUUACUUCUAUCUUUGAACAAAACUUGAAGCUUUUUUCAUAAGUUUUUGAAUUUAUAAAUUCAUUGUUUAAAGUUUGGGUGGUUCACUUAAAAAAUAACAGGGUAAAAAGUGUUUUGGUGUUCAUCUAUCUUUCUUGCCAAAAAAUUUGUUUUAAAAAAAAUUGUUCAAGUGU